GGCUGCGCCUGCCGAGGAAGGUUCUCAGAGGCGGAAGUAGGGCGGCGGAAGUGGGGUUCCGGAAGCGGCGUUGCCAUGGAGCCCGAGGAGGACUGGCUCGUGGAAUCCUUGCGCUUGUACCAAGAUUUCCAUGCAUUCGACCUUUCAGGAGCCACUCGAGUCCUUGAAUGGAUUGGUGACAAAGGAGUCUUUGUUGCUGGCUAUGAAAGCCUGAAAAAAAAUGAGAUUCUUCAUCUGAUAUUACCUCUCAGACUUUCUGUAAAAGAAAACCAGGGCUUAUGCCCAGAAAGAGAUUUCAAGGUGUGCCACGGAGGGUUUUCAGACACAUCUGUCUUCGAUCUGAAGCACGUGCCAGACACCAGGUUGCUGGUCACUACUGGUCUUCCGGGUUCUUACCUGCAUGUGUGGCAGGUCACAGAGGACAGUGAUGUCAUUCAGGCUGUCAGCAGCAUUGCCGUGCAGGAGAAGGAGGGCGGUCUCUGGCCCAGGGUGGCCAUCUUCUCUUCGAUGGCACCCGGAGUCCUCCACGGGGUGAGGCUCAGCAGUCUGAACGUCGUGGAUCUGGAAUCACAGAAGACCACGUACACCUCAGGGGUCAGCGACAGUGAGGAGCUGAGUAGCCUACAGGUCCUGGACGCAGACACUUUUGCCUUCUGCUGCACCUCUGGCCGGCUGGGGCUCGUUGACAUCCGCCAGAAGUGGGCGCCAUCAGAGAAUCUCAGCCCCUGCCCUGGAGCUGCUGGCGGGAGGUGGUGUGCUGACGUGGGGGGCCGGGGCCCUGGGCCCAGCAUUGCCAGCCUUGGCUCCAACGGGCAGCUCUGCCUUCUUGAUCCCCGGGACCUCGGCCAUCCUGUGAGCUCCAUCCAGUGCUCAGUGUCUGCACCCAGCCCUGACCCAGAGCUGCUGCGAGUGACUUGGGCUCCAGGCCUGGACGGCUGCUUGGCCAUUUCAGGUUUUGAUGGGACAGUCCAGGUCUACGAUGCCACAUCUUGGGAUGGAGUGGGGAGCCAGCAAGUGAUGCCUCCCUGCACGUGUGGGACUGGGUGGACCUCCGCGCGGCCUGCUGACUCCAGCGUCUUUCUGCCCAGGCCUCAAAGAAGAGGAGGAGCUACUAGAGAGCCAAGGUACCGACUUCGGUCCCUGUUACCAGCCAAGUGGCCUUGGGCAAGUCCGCCAGCUUCUCCUACCCCGGGUUCUUUAUUUGUAAGGAGCAGCCGGCGCCCUUCGCCACGGAGCCGAACACACCUGUGGCCGAGCAGUGACGCGAUCACGGAAGGUAGAGCAGCUGCGCAGAGAAGCGCCCGUGCGAGCUACACCUGCCCCAGGGCCCAAGCGCUCAGAAAAAAUGGCUGCCAGCUCACUUCCUCCAAAUCUCACCCGAAAACGACUCUUGUGGCUCACUCUACCUGGAAACAUACGGGGAGAUGAACUCCGGGGACUGUGGUUCCACCUGGCCACGUCACCACAAUCAAAAGCCACCUCACGUUUGAGGUGCAGCUCGAGAAUUUGCAUUUCGAGUAAGUUGUGCGAGUCUGUGAGCCACCCCGAGAGUCCCUGCCCUCCACGCACUCCGAGCAGCAUUGGUUGUGCAGCGCUGUCUCAACAGUCGUAUUGUGUCUGUGUGGCCCCUGCCCGCAUAUGCCGGCUGUGCUUCCGAUUUGUGGGACAGCUACAAAGCCUCACCUUUGGUUUCCAGAAUGCUCCUUUGGGAACCUGCACAGUCCCCGGCGAGGAACGCCUGGGGUUCUCUCAGCUGCUCCAGGAAGAAGCCCCAGAGAACCCCUAGGAGGACCCGAAGACCAUCAGUAAUUUACACUGACAUCAGCACAGGAUCUGCUCCAGUUUGGCUCCAGGCAAAGGCGAUGGAGACUCAGCACGGAGGGGAGAGAACAUUCAGGAACUUGUUUUGGCAUCACAGAGAUUCAAAACACAAGAGAAAGAUUUGGAGAGAUUGAAAAGGAAGAAGCAAGAAACACAGCAAACGGCAAAGUAGCGAAGGUGAGUAAUGCAUUUGGGGCCACUGUUGGGCAUGUGUGUGCUCAGAAGGAUGUGUUCCAGAACAGAAUGUGCUGUGGUCGAGGAGGAGAUGACCAGGCCGGAGGAGGAGGCAUGGCCAGGGGAGUAAGGGAUGUUCUCAAAGGCCGUGGCUGUGGGGACUCGGCCCCAAUCCCUUCUCGGGCCCUGCCUCCUGCCCCCGUCCUUCUCUGGAAGGGUGAGGUAGCCAGCCCCACCUGGCCACAGCCGGGUGGCUCAGGGAUGGACGUGUGGCCCAGGGUCCCAAAUCCAUUCCCUGGGAUGAGCCGAUCUGCACUUUUCUCCUGGGAAUGUGAACUGCAUAACACAGAACUGUGGUCUGAUGGGGAGAGCUGAGUCCGUGCCAAGGUCAGCCCCACAUGUGUGAGGCUGGGCUUCUGGGGGGCAGGAGCAAGAGUGUGGAAGGAGCCCUGGCACGGAGCACGUGUGGAGAGACACAGGCGGUCAGCAAGGGCACGGUCAGUUUGCGUGAAUGAAGGAUGUGCAGGGAUGUGUGACUGCCGUGGCUGGUUCUGUCAGCGGGCCCAGUCACUGGGGUUCGGGAGCGAAGCGGGUGUCCCGCAGCUGCGGGGGGAGGAGGUGAUGCUAGGGGUCCCGGCUCUCUCAGCCAGCACCUGCCGAGCAGUGCUGUGUGCCAAGCGCCGUGCUGGCUGCUGGGAUAUGAGGUCAGAGGUGUACAGACGCGGCCCCACUGGUGGGGGAACGGAAGGAACACUUGUAGAGGGAAGGGGGUCGUGCGCUGUGGGAGCACAGGGGGCUGAGUAGCUAACCUGCUUGGUUAGAGACCAGGUGUGCUCUGCAAAGGCGAUAUUUGAGUUGUGUCCUUCCCUCAGGCGAGGGAGAGGGUGGGUGUUCCAGGCAGAGGGAACCGCCUGGGAAAACACAGAACUGAGAAAAGGCGCAGCCCCAGCGUGGGGAAAAAGCAAGUUGGAAAUACAACUGAGAAAAUGGGCUGUGGCCGGUCCUAAGGCCCUGUGUGCUGUGCUGGAGGCGGGGUGGGGGGGGUCCCUGCGGGCUUCAGAGUGAGAGCAGAGAAGGGAGGCGGCCACUGUGCGUGUGAGGGCAAGGACAUGCAGGCCUCCUCCAGGCAGGAAGAGCGCGGCCCUCUGUAUGUGCUCGUUCAUUGUUGGGGCUCCAUUUCCUCGAGGAAGUAUAACCAGUCAGUGAGGUGGUUCAGAUUUGCUCUGCCCGCGCUACCCCUGGACUUGGGCAGAAUGGGUGCCAGGCCGUAAGCCAGACGCAAAGGACAGAUCUGUGAUGCCGCUUACACGAAGGGACCUAAAACAGGCCGGUUGACUGAGACAGAAAGUGGAACAGUGGUUGCGGGGGGCUGGGGGAGGGCACGGGGAGUUCGUGUGGAACACGUACGCUUUCAGUUUGGGACGAUGAAAAGGUUUUGGUGUUGGAUGGUGGCGAUAACUGCACAGAAAUGCAAAUGGACUUACUGCCAGUGAAUCGUACACUUAAAUAUGGUAAAAUGGCAAAAUUUACAUUGCGUAUGUUUUACCACACUUUUUAAUUAAAAAGUGGAUGCCAGGGCCCAGUGCUGUAGGGGGCCCAGCCCCACCCAGCCCUCCUCUAGCCGAGCCCUUCUCCAGGGAUGAGAAGGCCACGGGCCACGGCUGUGGGCCCACAGAGCCUACAUCCCUCUGCCAGGCCAACUUCCAGGCACCUGGGACCCAGAACGUCCUGUCCGAAUGGCCAGAGCCUGCUUCUGGGGCCUGCACGCCCUCCUCCGUUCUGUCCUCUCAGGGGCAGUCUGUGCACUUGGCAUGUGCACGCUGGGCCUGAGAGGUGGCCAGAGUGGCUGCUGGCGGGGAGCGUGGCUGGAGCCCGAGGGCACACACCAGGGCACCUGCACACUUGCGGAGCGGGUGGGGCAGGGGCCCCUCCUCCCGAGCCGCCACCUGCCACCCUGCACUUUGCACGAGUCCGCGGUGUAGUCAGAACCCGGCUUCAUCACUUCACGCCCUCCAGGAUGGCUAGAACCAAAAACACUAGGGGCACCUGGCAUGCAGCUCUUGAUCUUGGCGCUGAGUUCAAGCCCCACGUUGGGGGUAGAGAUUACCUAAAAAGAAAAAAAAAAAGACUACCCAGUUUGCGGGGAGGAUGUGGAGAAAUCUGAACCCUCAUACACCGAGGGUGGGAAUGUAAAAUGGUGCAGCCUCUUUGGAAAAGAAAGCUGGCACUUCCUCAAAAGGCCAAACCUCGAGUUACUAUGUGGCCCAGCAGUUGCACUCCUCGGUUAUUUAUCCAACAGAACUGAAAACAACGUGUCAAAACGCAUACACGAACAAUUCACACUAAGCCCUGGUGGAACAAGCCCGCUGUCCACCAGCUGACCAAGGGCUAACACGCUGCGGCAUGUCCAUGUGCUGGAACAUCAUCGGCCAGAGGGAGGAUGGCGGCUCGGCCACCCGGCACAAUGUGGAGGGGCCUGCAGACAGCACGCUGAGGGGAAGUCACAAAAGGCCACUCGCUGUAGGACUCCAUUUCUGGGAAAUGUUGGAACAGGCCAAUCCAGAGAGACAGAAAGGAGAGGUGUGGUAGCCAGAGGAUGAGGGACAUGGGGACUGGGGAGUGACUGCUGCUGAGUUUGGGGUUUUCCGGGGUGAAGAAAAUGGUCUAAAAUUAGAUAAUGGUGACAGUUGCACAAUCUUCUAAAUAUCCUAAAAACAAGAAUUUUAAACUUAAAAAAAUCGCCCACAACUCUGGCAUUCCACAUCAUUCUGAAGGAUAUAAGUUCGCUAGCUUGACUUAGAAUCCUUAGUGUGUAGACGAGGGCUACAGCGCGCUCCAGCCAGGGGCUCGCAGUGACGGGUUGAGAGUGGUGGUGAGGUGUUUGGGGAAUCAGACCUCGGAACCAAGAGUGAGGGUUGCACCCUCUCCCCUGUUUUGCAGAUGAGCACAGGGGUGCAGAGAGGUGACGUGGCCUGGCCGGGGUGGUGGCCCCUCGGCCCAUGGAUGAGAGGGCCCAGCUGUCCAGAGCGGCGGUGGGAGGCGGGCUCCUGCUGCUGCCUGCAGGGUUCGCGCCCCUGGGCCUUCAGCUCGGGCGCAUCUCACAGGUCUGCGACAGACGCUGUCCUUGCCUCCUGGGCUGUGGAGGGGACUCGCGAGAGUCAUUUUGAGCAGAUACAAUCAUUCCCUUGUGGGCUGACUUUACAGGCCAACCCCCACAGCCGCUGUGGUUCCCAGCAGUGCACAGCCGGGAGCUGAUACAGGGCGAUGAGGACCCCCCCCACCACGUGCAGUCAGAUCAGGGCCCAAGCAAGGCCCAGCUCUGCUCUGUGGCCCACACCUGCCGUGGCUGUGGUGGUUCCCAGACCCCCUGCAGCAAAGGGCUCAGCGCAGGGCCUGCCUCCGUGAAUCUGCUGCAGGCGGAGCUGGCUUUGUUCCGGCCUCUGGACUGGAGGGCUCAGAGCUGUGAAGAUACCAGAAGCUGGAGUCCUGGAGAGAAGUAAAGGGGGAGGGUCGGUUCUCUGCAGGUAGAGCAGAGCUAUCAAAGCCAGUGAGGGGGCCCCCAUUCUGGGUUGAGUUGGGGGAGGGGGGAAGGCCGAGGUCACCUGCAUGGUGCCCCAUGUGGCUUGUUCAGCCCUGGGGGACCUCAGCCUCACAAAGCCUCUGCCCUGGGGCUGCGUCUAUGACCACUUGAUGAAAACGGCUCACCCUUUGACCCUUCCACUCAUAGGAUGCAUUUGGAAUUCAUUUAUUUAAUGGGUGAACAUACUUGCAUCCGCUUCAGCUAGCGGGAUUAGCUUCUAAAACCCAUCUCCUGUUUUAGCUAUCUGUAAAUAAGAAUAUGAGCCAGGGGGCACCUGGGUGGCACAGCGGUUAAGCGUCUGCCUUCGGCUCAGGGCGUGAUCCCGGCGUUAUGGGAUCGAGCCCCACAUCAGGCUCCUCCGCUAUGAGCCUGCAUC